AGGAAUGUUUAGAUUAUUAUUUUGACUUGUUGAUUAUAAAUUCUAAAAUAAAAAAGGAUAUACAAAAUAAUAAGGAUAUAUAAAUAAAAUGGCCGACACUACGAGCUAUAGCCAGCUUCCACAGGCCGACAACAGCGACGAAGACUGGAAUGAUGACGUUAACCAGGACGUCGCAGCACGAGGAGCCCUCACCGCACCGGAAGUAGUCAUCAGUGACACGGAUGUUCUCUUACAUAUGAAACAAAGGCCGCAUAACGGCACAGCUUUGGAAUUCUCACCCUCAAGAAACAGGAAAUAUGAUAAUUCAUUUUGUUCGCCGAAAAGAGCGGCAAUAUGUAUUGUGUUUGGGUUACUUUUGUUUGGACUUGGAUACGUAUUUGGUUAUGUGACGCCGUCGGUAAAAGAAUAUGUGUUUGGUGAUUCUGGUGGCGGGGUGGCGGCGCUUAAAAAGCGGUCAGGCGACUGGAGAACAAAGAUGGCAGACUGGCGUACGGAGUCCUGCAUACGCCUGGUCGACGUCGACCAAGACGGCGUUCUUGACGUCAUCAUUGGGCUCGCGCUGGGGAAAGAUGUUACCAACAUUCACACAGAGGCGGACAUGGCACAGUUCUGCAAAGAUAACGGUCUAACGUUUCCGUGCGCGGGCGCCGUGGUGGCGUUACGCGGCCGUGAUGGGAAGUUGCUGUGGAAAGCUGAUUCGUACGCGGAGGUGUUAGAGCUCGUAUGUCACGGAAUUGACGUCAACCAGGACGGCGUGGAUGACUGUAUCGCCACCGGCCGGCUCGCCGAGAUGAGGGCCAUUAACCCGCUCAACGGGGAGACGCUUUGGGAGGCGGACACAAAAUAUCUGAACCGUGGUUGGAACAUCUACGCCCCGGCCGCCAUACCGGAUGUUGAUGAGGACGGGGUGGCAGACAUCAUCAUCGCGCACGGCGGCGAUUCAUAUGUGCCCGCGCAGGUCCAUUCCCGGCAAUCUGGUCACAUUAUUAUGGUUUCGGGACGGACGGGUCAGGCAAUCGGCUCCUAUAUGAAGACACCGGAAGAGCGAGAGACACACAUGUCGCCGGUCGUGCACACACGCCGAGACGGCUCCCAAUAUAUCCUCAUAGGCACGGGUGGGGAAGCUAUCGGAGGAAAGCUGAUGGCGAUGUCCAUCCCGGACUUUUACCGCUACGUUAAAGGGCUGCCUAAGGACCACUCUGUACCGGGGACCAGGGGUAAAUAUCCGCAAUGGGGAUCCAAGGAACCAUUCGAGAAUGGCACCAUUGACAUCAUCAAUACUGGUGGAAAAGGCGUCAUGGUGCCACCGGUGCUCGUGGACGUCAACCAGGAUGGCGUCCGUGACAUACUCGUGAACGCAUUCAAUGGCGUCCUGGCGCUCUAUGACGGCGAGACUCUUGAUCUCAUGUGGAAGAUAGAGUUUGAGGACCGUGAGUCGUACAGUGUACCGGCCCCGGGUUACUUUAACGACGAUGACGUGCUGGACUUCAUGGUCCACUGGAGUCGGGGUGCCUGGCCGUCCUAUAACACCACAGACACGUUGGUCAUCGAUGGGCGAGACGGCAGCGUUCUGUGGAAUUUCACGUCCAACAAGUAUGACGUGUCUUCAGACCUCGUGGCACACACGAGUGCUAUCAACCGUGACGUGUUUAUUUUUAAAGCCCAAGGUCGAGAGGGUACCGAUCCUAAAAACAUUGGAGCCAUUAACAGGGCCACUGGCAGCCAAAGAAUUUUAAAAAGACGUUUCACGGACACAGCAAGUUGGGAGUUCGAAGAGACGGAAAUUAAUGAAGAGAACGAGGCAUUAGAAGGCGUCCUGCUCCCACAGAGCCACUUCCGGAACAAUCGAGCCGUCAUUGACAAGAACUACAUCGAGUGCAAGUCUGACCAGUCGGUUUUUCUUGCCGAACUGUUUGCCAUGGAUAUAACCAACAUGCGGUCUCCGCUCAAACUCUGGGAACAAGGCUCGGAAAAAUAUUUUUACAAGUUAGACGAAUCAGAUCGGGAAGCAGUACAAGCAAAUAUUGCCAAAUAUGGCAGUGAUCACGUGAUAGCAGAAAACGCAUUUCCCUGGUCACAUGGUAGACGCGAGGUGGAGCUGGACGAGGACAGCAAAGAUGCGUUAUGUAUCCUCGUGCAGCCAGACGAAAGAACAACAGGUGCAAUUGGUGACGUAGAUGGUGACGGAAAACUUGACGUCAUCGUUAAUCUCGUGUCAGUUGGCGUUCUCCGUGACGAACACGCAAGGUACGUGAAGAAGAAGUUUGUUGUAGAUAUUUUCAAGAUGAGCUUGGACGAUGCAUUAGCAAAGGAGCUGUACACGCCAUUAAACGUCACCAUUCAUGACAAGAUGAGUCUGAUGGGCAACCACAACAACAUGGAGCCACUCCGCUUUAUGCAAAUCGAACGUCAGGGUUGGGGCGGAUAUAUGGGAUCAUGGGGCGAUAGCACAUACAGGGACUGAACAUGGAAACCUCGCCCUGGUUAUAUUUACCCUCUCAGUGCAUACUUAUAAUACAUCGCCCUGAGUACAUCACAUGCCGAUCGUUUAUUGUUUUGUUAUUCCUGUUUUAAUUCUCAAUACAAUUUUGAGCCCUAUUAA